CCGGGGCUGGCGGCAGGGGCAUCCCCGCCUCCUCGCUCGCAGCGCCGGAGCCGCCGGAAACCCGGCGUUUGCUGCUGCUGCUGCCGCUGCGCCCCGAGAAGUUGGUGCGGAGGCGAGAGCCACGGGGCCCGGCCCAACACAGCCCGGCACGGCUGGGCUCAGCUCGGCUUGGCACAGCCCGGCUCGGCAUGCCCGCCCGCCCGGAGCCGAGCGGUACAGCGGGGCGGUGGCGGAGCCACUGAGGAGGUGGCGAGGAGCGAUCGGUCCCGGCCCGCCAUGGAGCAAGAUACAAAGGAGGAGGUCUCAGAGAAAUCCAAGUCUGUUCCACCUGCAGAGAAAUACGGUUGGAUUAAGAAAAGCAGUGGGGGGCUCCUGGGAUUGUGGAAGGAUCGCUACAUCCAGCUACGGAAAACACAGCUUGUGGUCUAUGAAGAUGAGGAUGAACAGAAAUGCAUAGAAACAGUGGAACUGGAGAGUUAUGACAAGUGCCAGGAGCUGCGUGCGCUACUGAAAAGGAAAAACCGUUUCAUUUUAAUCCGCUCCCCGGGUAAGAAGGUUCAUGAUAUCAAAUUUCAAGCUCCAACUUUGGAAGAAAAGGAAUCGUGGAUAAAAGCUCUUAAUGAAGGGAUCAACAGAGGCAAAAACAAAAUAUUUGAUGAGGUGAAAGUUGACGAGAGCCUUUCCCUGGACCAUGUAACUCGGGGCAGAGCGAAAGUGGCCCAUGGGCGCAGGCCACCCACGAGAAGUCACUUAAAAGAGGCUGCCAAGUCCACAUCAGAUGGUAUCCUGAGACUAGAUCUGGAUAUAGUAGACAAUGGACCACCAAAUUUUGAUUCCACUGUCAGCGAAAGUGACAAUGUGCCCCCCCCGAAAGAAACUCCAAAGCCACCUAUGCCACCUGCAAAACCCACUGGCACAAAGGAAACCCAAGAAGCAGAGAAUAAUGCUUCUGACCAGGAACUUAAAAAACCUCUGUCUCCUCCACUGCCUCCAGAUAAGAAGCUUAAUGAAAGCAUGACAUCAAAGGACAGUCUAAGCCCAGAGGAGAAUGUGGAAGGAUCCCAAGCACCAAGUGAGGAGAACAGAGAGAGCCUCACUGAGAUCAGCAGCAAGGGCCUAGCGAAAGCUCCAGUUGCACUUCCCAGGAACAUGCCAGAUAAGCUGAAAGUAGCUUGGGACCAACCAGUCUCUGAGCCUAAAAUCACAGAAGACUUGAAAUCAUCAGGAGGUAGUAGCAAAGAAAGCCUUGCUGAGAUUGAUGCUGCAGAUGUUACAAAGCCUUCCGUUCCUCCUAAAGUUCUGUCAGAAAAGAUGCUGGCCACAAUGAACUCCAGCUAUGGCGACCUGGAAGCUGGGGGCUGUGAAGCCCUGGAGUCUGCCAGCACCAAGCCCCCAGUGAAUGGGAUUGCAGCCAGUGAGGUAGCAGAGUCCACAUCCCCAACAGUUGAAAAUGAAGAAGGAAAUGGGGAAGCCACUGCUGAGGAACAGCAAACUUCAACAGAAGAGACAGAGACUUCCUUAGCUACAGAAAUUGGCCAUGAGAGUGUAAAAGCAACUACUGAGAAGAAAGUGUCUGCAGAAAGCACUUCAGGUUUUAAACUCCGCAGUUCUUCUCUGGGAGACUUGCUGUCUGAUUCCAGAAGUACACAGAGAGUGCUUCCAAGCCAAGUUUUCCCCAAGGAUUCCCAUCACUGCUUAGCUAAAAUGGAGGAGAAAGUUGCUAAUGAAAGGGAAAAAGCAGAAAAACUGCUGCAGAAGGUUUUACGUGAAGGCUUGGAACAGGCCCAGGAGGGGAACGGACCCCCAGUGAUGGCAGAGACUUUGCUGAAUGAGGCAGUAGAACAACUUCGGCAAGCUACUCAAGUUUUGCAAGAAAUCAAAGGUCUUGGAGAACUGAAAAAAGAAGCAGCACAGAAACAGAAAGAAAAGCAAAAGGAUCUAGUGACUCUUUAUAGGAGAAGUGCUCCCUGACAUAACUCCUCAAAGAUCCUUCUUUCUCACAAUCAAAGCUAAACAUUUGCCAUUCAUAGAUUUGUACCAUUGCUAGGCCAGUGUUUAAAAGGUGGUGUUUUGCUGGGCACACACCAUGGGACAGAAUUGAGCUUUCAGUUAUAGCAUCUUUCUCUCAUUCUUCAUGCUGUACAUACCAGAAUGGUUCUAAUCUUCUUAGCGCAGCAGAAGGUUACAGGACAUUGAAGGGUUUCAAAAUGUGAAUGCUCUCUGAGGACUCUGUCCAAAGUCCUUUCCAGGGAUCAAGCCUUAAAAAUUACUGGUAAUCAGAGCAAGCCAGAUUUUUGAAAGGAGCAGAAUGGUUACUCUAGCAAAAGCCCCUGCCUAUCUGUAUUUACAGACAAGCAGAGACCAGAUUGCACUGGCACCUAUCUAGCUUUCUCAGUUAAAUCAUAUAGGAUAAAUGUAGUCAGUAUUUGUUCACUUGCUGGCAAAGUUUCCCAGACCACCUGGCCCAGUGACAUCUAAGAAUGUAAAGAUAAAUUGUUUAAUCUCCUCCAAAGAUACUCAUAAAACCACAUCCACAGUUACAAAAAUGACCUCACACAGAGGCAAACAAAACUGGCCAACUCUUGACUACAAGUAGUGUCCUCAGAUGUGGAACAGCUGUAUGAAGGCAAUCUUCCAAGUCUGGCCCUACAAAGCUUUAGGUGUGCUAAGCACUGCUUAAGUGAACCCAAGUCUUGAUACAUCAUUGCUAAGCAAGUAUUAAUUGUUGCUGUUUCAUUAAUAGGGAGACUGAGGCAAAGAGCAGGUUCUUCUUGGCCUUUGAAGGAGUGUCUUCUACCAGCACAACAUGCUGAUGAUUAUUGAGGACCAUACCCCUCUGGUAAUUCUGAAUCCCCUUAUCAUCACUGGGAACAAUGAGCUAGGUGUUUGGAGAACUUGUGCCCAGGAGAUCCCCAGGAGCUUCCUAGGAGCACUGUCAUUAAGAAGCUUUAGGGAUGUGGUUCCCUUAGCUGGAGGCUCACUCUCUGUGUUGUCUUGGGAUGCUAACUGACAGGAGCAUGCGUACCAGGCAGCAGGUGAAUGAGAUCCCUCUUCCUAUUUAACACAUCUUUACCUGCUGGGUCCUGGCUAGCCUGAGAGGCACAGUUUGGCACAGACAUCUGUAACUGGAGUGGAAGGAGGGAAGGGCAAUUUGCGUGCACAACUUUGGGGCUGGUCCCAGCGGGUUAAGUAUAUUUAAAAUAAAAAUGCAUUGCUACAGAAGGGUGUGAGGAAGGCACUGGAGAAGGCUCUGGCACAACUCCCACAGCUUCCCUGCCCACCUGCUAAAAGCAGCCACAGUUCCCAUGGUCUUCAGUGAUGAUCACUGUGAUAAAAUCCUGUCUUUGCACCACUGCUGUAUGGCCCCAUAGCUGAGCUGGGUCCCCUCCCCUGUUCUCUACAGUUGCUCUGAGGAAAAUCAUAUGACAGCCCAAAGGGCUUCUCCUUUGCUUGAACCAGAUUCUGGAAGCAUGCAGAAGGGUGAUCUUCCCAGUUCAGUUUUAAGGAGUGACAUGAUACCUGAGCUCUUUUCUCUCAUUUGCCAGCACUUCCCUCUUAGCUUACCCAUUUAUUUCUCUUCUGGUCUUUCUGUUACAUUUUCCCAGGUUCUACAAGGCUGUGGUGGGCUGGAAACACUCCACAUAGCAGCAGCUCAGUAAAGCUUCAUCUGAGGCUAUUCUUAGGCUAGGCAGUAGGCACUUCAGGUCUGAGCACAGAAAAGUUGAUUUGGGGUUUUCAAAUAC